GUCAUUUCGUUCCGUUUAUCAUUAUCGUAUUUUCAUUUUCAGAGUAGAGCUUAUCAACUAACUUGAAGUUACUGUAUUCACGUUAGGAAGGAAAUCGAAUUGAUUCAGUUUCUUUAUAAAAAUUAAUAGGGCUUUGGUGCUGGCAGUCAAAGCUAGAGGUUAGCCUGAUUGAAACUACCAAAAUCAAGGGCACUUUUUCUGCAACUCAGGCGAACAAAUUAAAAUGACCAGUGAAGGGGAGAGUAUCUACAACAAACAGUAUCCAGAAAAUGAUGAGUUAAAUAACACGGUUUUAUUUGGGAAGAAACUCAGUUCAAUAGAUGUACCAGAACACCUGUUGGAAUACGCAGAAAAACAGAACUUCCACAUACAGGGAUACAGUUUCGAAGCUAAAGAAGAACAACUAAGGCCCCCAAGGGUUGUUCGAGUUGGGGUUAUCCAGAACUGUAUUGUGGCUGACACGUCAGAGCCGGUCGCCACUCAAAGAGAUGCGAUACACAACCUCAUUGCCAAAAUAAUCCACUCGGCUGCCGAGUGUAAGGUCAAUGUCCUCUGUCUACAGGAAGCAUGGACAAUGCCAUUUGCUUUCUGCACCAGAGAGAAACUUCCGUGGCUGGAAUUUGCUGAAUCAGCAGAACGAGGACCAACGACACGAUUCCUUCAGAAAUUUGCCAAAGAGUUCAAUAUGGUGAUUGUGUCACCGAUUCUGGAACGAGAAGAAAACACUGAUUUGAUCUGGAACACGGCAGUGAUAAUUGAUAACCAUGGAAUCGUAAAGGGAAAACAUCGCAAGAAUCACAUUCCCAGGGUUGGCGACUUCAAUGAGUCUACAUAUUACAUGGAAGGAAACACUGGCCAUCCCGUCUUUAAGACAGAGUUUGGUAAUAUUGCAGUGAACAUCUGCUAUGGCCGUCAUCAUCCUCUCAACUGGCUCAUGUUUGGUCUGAACGGAGCUGAGAUUGUGUUUAACCCAUCUGCUACGGUUGGCAGGCUUAGUGAGCCGUUGUGGAGUUUGGAAGCUCGGACAGCAGCCAUUGCCAACAACUACUACACCUGCGCCAUCAACAGAGUAGGUACAGAGACAUUCCCUCACGAGUUCACCUCGGGAGACGGGAAUCCUGCUCACAACAGCUUUGGUCACUUCUACGGCUCCAGCUACAUCACUGCUCCUGACGGCUCUCGAACCCCGUCCUUGAGUAGGACAACAAGUGGACUUCUCUUCGCAGAUUUGGAUCUAAAUAUGUGUAGACAAGUAAAGGAUUCUUGGGGCUUCAGGAUGACAAUGCGACUGGACAUGUAUGCUGAAGAACUGGCAAAAGCAGCAACCUCUGACUACAAACCUCAGAUCAUAGAGUGAACAUCGUAAAGGUUUGGCUGUUUACAAGGGUUUGUUAUAAUCAAUGUCUAACAAAUAAUUAACAGUUAUAAAGUAAAUGGGUGAAAGGUAGAUCUACAAACCGAAUAUGAUUAGGAUGAUCAAAUCAAAAUGUACUAAUGGUACUACCUAUAACAAUAUCAUUCAUCUAAAGAUGAACCGUCUGGAUGUGGUUUAGUUUACUAUUGUAUCUUUAACAAAUUUGUAUGGUCGCCAUUUUAGAAUAAAGUAUUAAAGUACAAUUAGAACUACACAGUAUCAAGUCCUUUAAAUGGUCCAAAGGUGUAAAUUACUGUGAUAACUGUUUGUUGACAUUUGAAACCACUCCUUGUAACCACAGGAGGGUUUUGUACUGAAAACAUAUUUUUUCCUUAAUGUAUUAAUGUUGAUUUUACACAUGAAAAUAUUUAAAAAUUGUAUGUUUCAUAAUCUUCUUUUACUAUAGUCCGUUAACAAAAUUUAGAUGGUUUGUGGGGAAGGUCCUCCACCACUUUUUUCUGCAUAAUGUAUGUUGCAGAUUGACAUUUUGACAAAUCUCAGCUGUUGAGCUAUGUUUUAAUGGCAGGAACAAGACAAGGAGGGGAUAGAUUUCUUUCCCUAAAACCGCCUUUUGUGAAAGAUCCAUAGUUGCACUGUUUGUUCUUGGAUGGUUAUGUUUAAUUUAAAACAUGUGAUACAAGGUUUAGGUUGUACAAAUUAACUAGUCAACAAGUGUAAAUAAACAUGUAACAAUCCUAUUUGUAAAUAGUACAAAUCAAUGCCUACAUUCUAACUAGCAUUUAAAAGCCUACAUACAAGGGCUAUCCAGAAAAUAGGUUACAUUUUGGAAUUAAGGAUAAAAAACGUCUUGGAAAAAUAUAUUACUAUUCACAAAUGAAAGCCACACUUAAUACUACUUUUCAACAUAAUAACCUUUCAAAUUAAGGCGCUUGUCGUAACGUCGAAGGAGCUUAGAAAUUCCUUUGUCGUAGAAUUUGGCCAUCUGCGUCUCCAACCACUUGGUUACCUCUUCUUGUAGCUGUGCUUCGUUAUCAAAACACUGCAUAGCCAGCCACUUCUUCACUGCUAGGAAUAAGUGAAAGUCGCUCGGUGCCAGGUCGGGACUGCACGGCGGAUGAGGAAACAGCUCCCACUUAAAAGAUUCAAGAACUUCGCGAGUGACAUUCGUUGUCGUGAAUCAACAAGAUCUUUUGAGCUUAACUUUCCCCAGUGCUUGUUUUGUAUCGCUCUUUAAGGUUUUGCAGAGAUUGGCAUUACCUUUGAAAGUUUAUUGUAGUGCCUCAUUCCAGGAAGUCCACAAAAUUUACCCAAAAAGCAGUUGCCAUCACCUUCCUUGCCGACAUUAUUUUUGUUUGCAUUAAUUUCUUGGGUUGGGGGGAAAUUUGUGUGCCCCUACUGCAUUGACUGCAGUUCUAUCUCGCAGAUCACAUGUUUGACCCAUGUUUUGUCCCCAGUAAUGAUGCGAUCGAGUAGUGAGUCACCUUCUUUAUCGUAAGCAUCCAGAAUUGUUAGUGCUGCAGCCAUUUGCUGCUUUUUGUGACUCUGUCAAGAUUUUCGGUACCCAUCUUGCACAAAACUUGUGGUAACCAAGCUUUUCAGUUAUCAUCUCGUGCAACAAACCUCGUGAAAUUUGUGGAAACCCCAUAGAGAGUUCCGUUAUUGUGAAUUUUGUGGACUUUGGCAUAGACUUUUUCGACAGUUCAGCAGUCACUAUGCAUGGGUCUUCCUUAUCGCUCUUUCUCGUGAACGUUAGUUCGGGCAUUUUAAAAUUAUAUGAGUGGCCCACUGACGCACUCCACCUUCAGUAUUAUGUUUUCUCUAUAAACUUCACAAAGUGGCCGAUGGAUUUCUAUCGGUUGCAGUUUUCACGCACUAAACAAUUUGGGGCAUUUUCAAUUAACACAUACAUUUUUAAAUGUCACAGUAACUCAAAUAAGUACAACAGAAACCUCUCACAAACACGACUAGAUGCCGAAUGAGCUGCGUAACGCCCCACUCAUUGCGGAUACAGACAAAAACGCAAUCUACUUUCUGGGUAGCCAUUGUACAUUGGCAAACUUUAUUGCAUGUUGUAAUUGUAUAAACAAUAAGAUGGUCAUUGCAAGGAUUGUGCAUUUUGAUAAUGUUACCAAAAUUUAAGUUAAAGCUUAGAGGAAUGUUAAUAAAGAACUAUUUCAGAGUGGUGAGAAAGUGACAUAGGACAUGUUCUUGUGUUGCACAAAUAUGCAAGUUUUGUGCCGAUAAAUUAUUAUUAUUGUCAUUAGUGAUGUGUCAAAACCAAAUUUAAAAUCUCAAAACCAUGAAAGCUUAGGAAAAGUUUCGGUUUCGAGAUUCGAUCACCAAGUUUCAAUAUUCAAAAGUUUCGAAAUUGAAGAUUUUGGCAAUUUUAUUUUUGAAACUGCUGACAUUUUUUUGUGACAUUGUUAUUGUUUUCGAUGUUUCCAAACAAGCUGGUCGCAACAGAGCAAACAUCACCAUUAACAAUAAUGAAACAAGUAAAUUUUAUUCUGAACUUCAAAAGGUAUCUUAAAUACUAUAACUGGUACAAUUCAGUUUCACAUCAAUAUUUACUAAACAUUAAGAAAUAUUGACCACUAAAUAAAUGUUCUAACUAAUCAUAUAUUAUCAUAUAUUAAUAUACAUGUUUAUGUUGGUGUUAGAAGUUUAAUUAAUUUUUUUUGUUGGUUGUUUAUGAAAAGUUAUGUUGUAUUGGGUUUUGUUUUAAGAUUAUCAGUCACAUUCACAUAUUUAUGUUAUGUCAUGGUCAGGAGUCGACCUCUUUCAGUUUUGAUUGCAUACUUAACAUUUUAUGAUUAUGUGUAUUUUUUUGUAACCUUGACCUUUGUAACCAGCUAAGUAAAAAAGUUUUGCGUCUAGGUUUUGAGAUUAGAAAUUUCUAGUUUUGACCAUCACUAAUUGUCAUACCAAAAAAUGCAAUGCUAUGGAUAAACAUAUUUUGUAAAGUUGUUUAGUCUUACUUAGGAUAUGAGUGUUGGGUACUAAUUGUAAGAGAAAGGUUAUUUGAAUUAGAUUAUAGCUGAAAAAUAUAUUUUUAUGAUAUAACAUAUUUUAUAUAUAACAUAUAAUGAAUUAUAUCUUACAUCAUAUCCAGAACUAUU